CCCUCACACAUCACCAUCACCACCAGCAAUACUGGCACGAGGCCCCCCGCAUUCUCAUAACUUCACCUUCCAUCAGCGCGUAGUUUCCGUUCGCCACGUCAUUUUCCACCUGCCCGAACCAACCAAGUCUCUCGUAUCGACAGCCAUGUGCACGUUCUCACGGCUCGCUACAUUGAGAGCAACUGACGGGUUCCUCGGCUCGAGAAUGGUCUCUCUUGCUGCUGCUCUGUCCCGCCAUCCCAGUCGCGCUGCAAGUGACGGAUGGGAACUGAUUCACAGGAAAUGGUUGGUCCCACGGGAUAUUAGCAGAAGCGGCGAGACGAGCAAAUAUUGAGGCGGCCGGCGACUCAAGCCGUGACGGAUGCGACCUGGCGAUGAGGAGACGGUCCCUUGGGAAAUUGCCCAGGACGGGAGGAGCGGGAGAUUGGGUAGAGACGGCGGGGGGCACGGAUGGAGGACUGCAUGGAGGUUGCGCGGACGGGCGGACGGCCCAUGGGAGAUGGUCCGACGGAGAUCAGUGCGAGCGGGAUGAGCGCGCGGAUGCUGGCGGAUGGGGCGGAUAGGGCGAAUGGGGGACUGCUUGAAGGAGUGUCGGGCUGGAGUGAGCAUCGGGCUUUGGUGAGUGGUUGAAGGCUGCGAGGCGACUGCAGCAGGUGAUGCGGGAAGUUAAAGCAGCAGUGAAGGCGGGGGAGGGGGGGACGGGGAAAAGAGGGGAGAAGGCGGAAGGCGGGUGGGAGAUGGUAAGGGAGGAAAGGUGAGGCGGGGUCGUGACAAGGUGAGGCAGGGUCGUGACAAGGUGAGGCAGGGUCGUGACAAGGUGAGGCGGGGUCGUGACAAGGUGAGGUGGUGUGACAAGAGGGGUGGAUGGGGAGCGGACUUUGGCGGGAAGAUGGAGAAAAGGCGAUGGAGAACGAUGGAGCUGGGCAGAACGAUGUGCAAACGCAGAGCUGGGACACCGUGCUCCCGGGAGAAGAAAGGAAUCAGCCAUGCGACCUGCCGCAUACAUUCCUUGUUCGCCCUUCCCUUCCUCCUCCCCGCACCUUAUUCUCCUUCUCAACCCCCCCUCUCCUCUGCCUUUUCCCCCACAGGGCGUUGUUUCUACUAAUCUGCAAAUCGUACCCGUUUUUCCUCAGGGCUACCCGUUUUUCCUCAGGGCUACCCCCAAAGUGCAGCACCGGACCCUCGGUUCCACUUCUCCUCCCUCUUCUCACCCUCUUUCUCUCCCGCCUUCUCCCCCCCAGGAUUCUAUUUAUCAGACUUUUUUUGUCUGAUUUUCUGAAUCUGGAAACUGCAACUCCUAUUAUGAAGACACGUUGUGUAUGAAGUUUUACAUAACUGUUUAGUUUGUGCAAGAAGUACAUGGUAAAGUGUUCCGAUUUCUUGAAAAUCUGUCUGAAGCCACAAUUUCGGGUUUGCAAAUCAGACGCUCAGACAAAAAAAGUCUGAUAAAUAGAACCCUGCUCCCCCCCCUCCCCCUUCUCCCCCGCCUCCCCCUUCUUCCACCCCUCUCCCUCCACACCGCUUCUUGCGGCUGCUGGCCGAGAGGCCUUUGAUGUCCUCUAUGCCUCCUGCCCUCUCUAUCCCCUUCCCCCUCCUCUACAGCAGCGUUUUCCCGUCGUCUCACCUUAUCAACAAAGGACGACAUGAGAGCUGAGAUGGUGUGUCAGCAAAACAGUGUUUGCCCCUCUACCGUGCGUCUGCUGCUGGGGGUCAUACUGCUGUCGCUGAGCACCCACAAGCGCACACAUACCCACAAGCACCCACCCACACCAGCCGUGCUUCCCUGGCACUUGCUCGGGUUUCUCUCAUCUUCUUCUUUUGCUUGAUGCAGCUCGGUCGGUGCCACCACACACUCAUACACUCAUGCACUCAUGCACUCAUGCACUCAUGCACUCAUGCACUCAUGCACUCAUGCACUCAUGCACUCAUACACUCAUACACUCAUGCACUCAUGCACUCAUACACUCAUACACUCAUACACUCAUGCACACUCACACCCACAAGCACCCGCCCGUACACACUCAUUGCUGAUUCUGGAUGGCAGCUCGUGCUCCUCCUUUUCCCAUUCCCUCCCCCUCCCCAUACCCACUCCUCCCCCCCUAUGCCUGAUUCAUACCCCAUCCUUUCCUGCUAACUAUGUCAUCUCUAGGCGUUGCAUAUACCCCCUGCCACCCACUCCCAGCCACACAGCACAUGCCUCCUGUGCUUCUGUGGGUCCGCAUGGGUGAAUUUCAUCUCAUCAACCCCUCUCGAUGCUGCCUCUGCCACUCCCUGUUGCCGCCCGUUCUCUCUGCAAUUUCUUCCGCACCUCCUGCUUUUUGUUCUGUUCAUAAAGUCUCCUCUGCCGUCUUCCCCGCAAUGCGUCAUUCCCAAAUUGCAGCACACUUUUUGAAGGCACCUCACCCACUUCAGGCCCUCGUAUCACCUGAUCACAUGCAUGCCUGCCACAUGCAUGCCGCCCACAUGUAUGCCUGCCACAUGCAUGCCUGCCACAUGCAUGCCUGCCCCAUGCAUGCCUGCCACAUGCAUGCCUGCCACAUGCAUGCCUGCCUGCCACAUGCAUGCCUGCCUGCCAUAUGCAUGCCUGCCACAUGGAUGCCAGCCACAUGCAUGCCUGCCACAUGCAUGUCUGCCACAUGCAUGCCGGCCACAUGCAUGCCGGCCACAUGCAUGCCUGCCACAUGCAUGCCGGCCACAUGCAUGCCUGCCACAUACAUGCCUGCCACAUGCAUGCCUGCGACAUGCAAGCCUGCCACAUGCAUGCCUGCCUCAUGCAUGCGCCACCAUUCAUCCAUUCAUUCACAUUGUUUCAAUAAAGGCCGUGUCGCUGCAACCGCUCAUUUCAAUGCAUCGCGCCGUUCAUUGCCCAUGCUACCAUGCCUUGCCUUGCCUGUGCCCACAACCUCUCUGUGUCUGCUGCUGGUUCAGCGGUAUGUCUCUCUUGUCACAUACCGUAUCUUCCUUGCUGAUCCUUCUGGGCUGUUUGUUUCCUCUGCAGCUAUGUGAUUGAGGGCAGUGAGCGUGCCUUGGGCAGUGGGAGAGCGCCACCAGUGUGGAUGGAUCUGUGAUACCACUUGCUGGUUCUUGGCGAUAGAUAGCAGGCACAGAAAGUGCUUAGUUUGCCUCGGCUCUCUAGUCUAGUGCUGUCAUUUUUCAGGGUUUGCUGUAAAUGCCGAGGUAGCACGGGCGCGGCUAGGGCUAGGGCGCGGCUAGCAGGGCUGACGUAUCAAAAAAACCCACUCUGAUUUUAGCCCCAAAUUUUUUUCCCAAGUCUGAGUAGUCAGGUUUCAGAUUUCAUGGUAGUCUGAUUUCUCAGGAUCCAGUGACUCUCAAGUCUGAUUUCUUCAGGGUUCGCAAGUAUGAAUCAGAG